UGGACAGGGGCCGCCCACCUCCACCGCUGCCGCGCUGCCCCUCCACCUGAGAUCCACGGCGAGAAGGGCCGCCCGCGACCCGCAGCGCCAGACGAGGCGCCGAGGCGCUGCUGCGGAGCAGCCGCCGCCGCCGCCACCCGCCGGCCUGCACCACCACCAUGCCGCCUGUCGCCCGACGCCACGCCGCCGUCGCUGGCCUACUCCGGAGCGCCGCCACACCGCUACGCCCGGCACGAGCGCAGCAUCCCCACCGGCGAGAUCCGGCCCGUGCCGCACCCCCCGCGGUCGCGAUCGAUUCUGCAGAAGCCAUCACAUUAGCUUAUCUUCCACCAUGUGAGACUUGAAGAUUGCCAACUGUCAGUCUGCCGUUCUUCCGCCGCUCCCCUGCUGGUGAGUUUCUGUGCAGCUUGUCAUUUUCAUGCCGUAAUUUUGGCCUGGGUGCUCACAUUUUUCCCAUCAGUUGGUACUAUAUGGGCAUGGUUGAUUUACUCUCUGCAGAAUGUUCACUUUACUAGUCUGCCCUCGGUUGCAGCUUAAAGAAACACCACCUACAAUUCGGGAUGGGGUUCAGGUACCGUAGCCAGAUCGGUUGGAAGCGAUCAAUUAGCAUAUCUUCACUAGGUGUGGCUAAAGAUUGGCAGCCUGCUGUCACUGUCGGUGAGCAGGACAGCGUUCACUGUCUAUCUCUGCAUCACGAACCACAAGCCAACAAUGCAAAGCGAUUUAUUCUGAACCGAAAUGAGCCAUUUGGCAAAGACUUGUCAACACCGCCUUCGACGGGCUAGAAUAUCCUGCACAAGAAGGCAGGCAUUGACUGACUUGAGAGGUCGCUCUUCGGCAGCAACACCACAAGAAAAUAGCGGUGCAUUAUAACGUGGCCAAAUCAACCACAUCAACAUCCCCUAGAAUCCAGGUGCUUAAAUUUCCUGUUCUUCACUAUGUCUUUUUACUUGGGUCUAGUGUCUCCAUAAAAUUGCAGCACCAAGGGAAGGCCAGCCAUGAAAGUGGUACAUACAAGAGAAGGCCUCCCAGCUGAGAUGUUCACCACAUACCACUGUUAGUUAAAUCCCCAGCCUGAACUCAAUUUCAAGUGAAGUUGGGAGCCGUGCAAGGUGUGUGUCAUGGGCAUCUUACUGAUGGUAUAUGCAUCACUUUCUCUUUUGCUAGUACUUGGGUCACUAGGAAAUCUAACAGAGUUAGCAUCUGGAGUUGUAACAAGCCACAGCCCCGUAGGGAAUUGGGCGCAUCCAUCACUUGCCAUGCAUGAUGGUUGCCCCAAGAGCUGUGGCAAUCUGAGCUUCGACUACCCCUUUGGCAUCGGUUCAAGGUGCUCUCGGGAUCCUGACUUCAACCUCAUUUGCAACCACACUGCUAAGCCCCCCAGGCUGUUCUUGUGCGACAGCAUCACCGAGGUGAUCGAGAACAUCGACGUUAGUAGCGACGGAGUUCUCUACGGACCUUACAACAUCCUUACUACCAUCCGACAUACUAUCCCCAUGAAAUCUGGUGUCCACAUCUACAACCUGUCAAUAAAAAUGCCUGGGAGGUCCUUCAAGUACCUUGGGGAAACAAUUCUGAACAUCAGUGGUUGCGAUCUGGAUGUGUAUUGGAUCGACAACAACACCGGCAGAACCACAUGGGUCUGCGGAACUGUGUGCCUGAAACAAGGAAUCACAGAGCUGAUGGCUCGGCACAAUUGUAACGGCGUCGGAUGUUGUAGUUUUCCUGUCGGUGACCUUGACGCUGAUGGUAUUGAGCUCAAAUUUGUCAGAAAAAUCAACACCAGGAUGACCUCUCUAUUGUGGGAUAGAAUCAGCAUAUCUGGAAGCGGUUCCAUGAUUGUGUGGAGAAUAGUGGAUCAACCCAACUGUGUUGUCGCCGUGCGAAACAGGGCAUCAUAUGCCUGUAUGGACAAGCAAUCCAACUGCUGGGACACAGAUAUGGGAUCAAGUGGCUACAACUGCUUCUGUAACUCUGGCUAUUCAGGCAAUCCCUUCGUUCAAGAUGGGUGCUCCAGUGACAAAGGGUAUAAUCCAAUUCAGACCAGAGCUAAUUGUACCCGUUUGUGUGGUAACAUUAGUGUGCAGUUUCCAUUUGGCUUGGAAGAGGGUUGCUUUGCAAGGGAACCAUUCCACCUCAAUUGCACAAACAUGUCAUCAUCGCCUGUCCUCCAGUUGCACGGUUUUCAUGUAAUCGACAUGAAUGUUGAUGAUGGGACUCUAAAGUUCACCACUAAUGGAGCAAUUUACGCCAUAGGAGAAGGCCCUCCUUUUUUUGCUGGUUUUGAGGAAUCUCUGCACUGGGCUGCUGCUAAUUUAAGUUGUGUAGAGGCCGAAAAGAAUAGAUCUGGGUAUGCUUGUGUGAGUAUCAACAGCAAGUGUGUAGGAGUAAACACUAUAUACAAUUAUGUUGGUUACCGCUGCAAAUGUUCAGAUGGCUUCGAAGGAAACCCAUACAUCGAAAGCGGCUGCCUAGAUGUUGAUGAAUGCCUUCAACCAAAUAUUUGCAAGGGGCUCUGCCAUAAUACAGAAGGAAGCUUCCAUUGUACGGAAUGUCCUCGCAAAACUGAGUAUGAUUCAGCAAAAAUGCAGUGUACGACGAGGAAACAACUGACUCUGCUUUUAGGUAUAAUUAUUGGGUUGUCUUGUGGAUUCGGUGUUCUACUUCUGAGCUUCAGUGCAUCACUUCUCAUUCGUAGAUGGAAAAGAAAUGUUCAAAAGCAACUACGAAAAAAAUAUUUCCAGAAGAACCAUGGUCUUCUCCUAGAAACGUUGAUAUCAUCUGAUGAAACUGCAAAUGAGAAUACUAAGAUUUUCUCGCUAGAAGAGCUGGAGAAGGCAACAAACAACUUUGAUCCUACACGUAUCAUUGGAGGUGGGGGCCACGGCAUGGUUUACAAAGGCAUAUUGUCUGAUCAGCGUAUUGUUGCAGUAAAAAAGUCUAAGGUCAUUGAGCAGUCUGAGAUCAGUCAAUUCAUCAAUGAGGUUGCAGUGCUCACUCAGAUAAACCACAGAAAUAUUGUGAAGCUCUUUGGAUGUUGUCUCGAAAGUGAGGUUCCACUGCUGGUGUAUGAUUAUGUAUCCAGUGGCUCACUGUCUGAAGUUCUUCAUGCAGAUGAAAGUGUUGGUUUUUCUUUGUCUUGGGGUGAUUACUUAAGGAUUGCCCUGGAAACAGCAGGAGCUCUGUCUUAUCUCCACUCUUCAGCUUCAAUAUCAAUCUUCCACCGUGACGUGAAAUCCUCAAAUAUACUAUUGGAUGUGAACUACACAGCUAAAGUUUCAGACUUUGGUGCUUCUAGAUUGGUUCCAAUUGAUCAAACACAUAUUGUCACAAAUGUGCAAGGUACAUUUGGGUACUUAGAUCCAGAGUAUUUCCAUACCAGGCAGCUGAACGGGAAGAGCGACGUGUACAGUUUUGGUGUGGUACUACUGGAGCUGCUCCUUAGAAUGAAGCCUGUCUUUACAAGUGAAUCAGGCACAAUCAUGGGCUUGUCAAGCUAUUUUCUCCAGGAAUUCAAUGAGGGAAGAAUAAAAGGUAUUGUUAACUCCCAGGUCCUCGAGGAAGCAACCGAGGAAGAGAUCAACGGUGUCGCCUCUCUUGCAGAGCGGUGCUUAAGACUGAGUGGUGAAGAAAGACCCACCAUGAAACAGGUGGAGACGGAACUGCAAACUCUAUGGGCAAAACAGAUGGACUCAUCUCAGGUAGAUACCAGGAAUGAAGAACAGAGGCAACCAAGUUCGUUAACUCAAAGAUCUAGAGCUGCUCGCCAAUCGUCUGCGACGGAAUUGGGCAAGAGAGUCUACGUACGGCCAGAAGACAGCCAACAACGCUAUAGCUUGGAGAGAGAGUUCAUGUCAUCUGCUAGUUUGCCCCGCUAGAUAUGUUUGCUGAGCUCAUAAUAAUGGGUGUUGUUAUUUCCCCUUUUGUAAACUAAUGAUGACUAGGCUUGUACUAUAGGCAAACGGUGCUGCAGAAAUUGCUACAGUAAGCCGGUUUAUGUUUAGACAAUUACAUGCAUC